CUUUUGUCUCAUCUUGCUUUCUCUCUCUUUCCUUUCUUUUUGGUUCCAAAAGAAUGUAUGCAAUGAAAGAAGAAGACUGUCUUCAAACGUUUCACAACUUACAAGAGUAUCAAGACCAGUUUCUUCUUCAUCACCAUCCACAAAUCCUGCCUUGGUCAUCUCUACCUUCUUUUGACCCGACCUAUUUCCCAUCCAACCCGACCCGUUAUCCUGAACCACUCCCCUACCUCAACAGGAGAGCUUCUUCUUCCUCUUCUUUUGACUAUACCGAUGGUUUCGUCUCUCCUCCUUCCAUGGAUCAUCAUCAUCAUCAUAACCAUUUAAGGGUUUUAUCGGAAGCUCUUGGACCCAUCAUGCGACGUGGCUCAUCCUUCGGGUUUGAUGAUGAGAUUAUAGGGAAACUGAGUGCACAAGAUGUCAUGGAUGCUAAGGCCCUGGCUGCUUCAAAGAGUCAUAGUGAAGCUGAGAGAAGAAGACGAGAGAGAAUCAACACUCAUCUAGCUAAGUUGCGAAGUAUUUUACCAAAUACAACCAAAACGGACAAAGCUUCGUUGCUAGCGGAAGUGAUCCAACACAUGAAGGAGUUAAAGCGGCAGACAUCACUGAUCACGGACACGAGUCAACUCCCAACAGAGUGCGAUGAUCUGACCGUUGACUCGAGCUACAACGACGAAGAAGGAAACUUGAUGAUAAGAGUUUCCUUUUGCUGCGAAGACAGGACUGAACUCUUGCAUGACAUCAUCAAUGCCUUAAAGUCUCUAUGUCUUCGAACUCUCAAAGCCGAGAUCGCAACCGUAGAUGGUCGAGUCAAGAACGUCUUGUUCUUGAGCCGAGAAGACAAUGAUGAAUAUCGUAGAAACUUCGAUGGUGUUGUUGACGUGGAUAAUGAUGAUGAAGAGAAGAGAUAUAAUGGUGUGAGUUCGAUAGAAGAAGCGUUAAAGGCGGUUAUAGAGAAGUGUGUCAAUAAUAAUGAUGACAAUAACUUGGAGAAAUCAUCUUCAGGGAGUAUUAAGAGGCAAAGGACUAGCAAGAUGGUAAAUCGAUGUUAUAAUUAGUUAAUUCCUCCCUCAUAAAAUGAUUGAUUAGAUCAUCAAGUCUUUAAUUAAUUAUUAUGUGCUAAUUAGGCUUGCAUAAUGGGAUUAUGUGAUAGUUAGUAGUAUGUUGUGAGAGGAAGGUAAUCUUUUUAAUUUGGUUUGGGUUUCUUCUUCUAUGUUUUUUUAAUCUAUGAAGGACCCUUUAUUUAGGGUUUUACAGUAAGGUGUUUGGUUUAUGUAACAAUUAAGACAUUUCUCGUCUUGGUUAAUACAGUAAAUGUAAAUAGUUUGGGUUUGUAUUUGUUGGAGUGGGAUCAAGAAGGUUUUCUUUUUAAAUUACGAACUAAUUAAG